GGAAACCUGACAGAAGAAGAAACGACAGUGGAAAGCCCCAAAGAGCCAGCAUCCUGUGACGGGCAUUCCGCAGGAACCCUCGCAAGUGGAAAAGGAUUAGUCACCGGGAGAGCUGCAGAUGGACAUACUUUUCAUCAACUUUUUAGAGCAUGGAGAGAAAACUCUGAAUCAUGAGCAAAAUGAUGUUAUGAUGGGUGAUCGAGUUGUGGACAUCAAUGUUGCUACAGUGGAGGAAUUGGAGACAUUGGUGGGCGUUGGCCGCGCAAAGGCUGAGGCCAUUGUCACCACUCGUACUUCUGUAGUAGAGUUCAACACCAUUGAUGACCUCCUCCUGGUCCCAGGGAUUGGCAAGAGCUUACUAGAACAAAACAGAGGCGUGUUGGUGUGCAGCGUUCCUGGUGGUGCUCCUGUCACCAGGCACAGCACAUUUCGACGCAGCCUAAGGCGUGCAUCUCAGGACGUCAGACUCCGAGAUUUAGUAGGGAAGAUAGAAGACAAUUCUGGGGAGGGUUUGGGGAAUCUUACCGUUUGUGCCUCAGGUCAGGCUGUGAAGCCUACACGCGUCUGGGCACGAGAGUCGAGUCUCUCGGAAAGCACUGACUGCGUUGUGGAGCAACCUUGUGUCACACAGGGUGUCAUAUGUAAAAGCGAACAAAAUUCCAAGGACAAUGUGAAAUUAGAUGUAAAAACUGAGAAAAGAGCCGAAGAGUUAAAAGACAAAGUGGAAGAUGACACAGACCAAGAAGAUGACACAAGUGAUUUUUGUGACUGUUGUCUAGAAGAUUUGAAUGAACAAGAUGAUGGUGAUGAGGAUGAUUUUAUUGAUGUACCUUUGUUAGAAAAUGAUGGUGAUCAAGACAAUGAGGAUGAAUCUGUGGUUAUAAUGAAUAGUGAUGACUUAGUAAAUACUGGACCAGUAGUUAAGGUGAAUAGUGAUUCACAUAUAUAUCAUAACAACAGUGCCAGAAACGAUCGUACCUGUGGUGGUUCUGUGGUGAGUGGAGGCUUGGGCACUGAUACUCCCCAUGAGGAUGUGCCCCCCGAGUUACCAAUUAAAAUUCAAACUUUGGCAUCUCAGCAGCUCACGGACGGAGAAGAUUCAGAAGAAGAAGAUUUCGAAGGAGAGGAACUGGAUAAGGAGGAAGAAGGCCAAAUGGAAGAAGGUGGUGCUGAAGACGAUUCAGAUGAUUACAUGACAGUUGAUCCCCCCACCUCACCGCAUACCGAUAAAAAACAGAUCAAAAGGAAGUCUGAAGUGUGUUCAGACACUAAAGGAGUGUGCCCGGUGAAGAAGUCAUGUAAAGCAGUUGAAAGUGGGGGGGAAAGCAGCCGAAGAAAAAUGUGUGGUUUGGCAGCGCAUAAGGUAUCCCCACCUCCUGCUGGGCUCAAGUCCUGGUUAGCAAAAUAUCAAACAUGGUCACCAGCACAAAAGCUCCAUGCGUUAGAUUCGUUAAUUGAUGUUUGUGAUUUAAAUCAAGUCAGGCAUAUCCACCAGAUUAUUCUACCCCAGUUCCAGCGAGAUUUCAUCUCACUUUUACCAAAGGAGCUAGCGCUGUAUGUGCUUGGCUUCUUGCCUCCAAAAGACCUGUUAAGGGCAGCUCAAACUUGUAAAUAUUGGAAUAUAUUAGCCGCUGAUAAUCUCCUAUGGAGAGAAAAAUGCCGGGAGGCAGGUAUUGAUGAUCACAUGAUUAUCAUGGACCGCAGACGGAGGAAAGGCACUAGUGUCAGUCACGUUUCUCCAUUCAAGGCUGCAUUCAUGCGACAGCACAGAAUAGAAAUGAACUGGCGAUUAACGCCUUUACGUCCACCUCGGGUGCUGAAAGGCCAUGAUGACCAUGUCAUCACCUGUCUCCAAUUUUCUGGUAAUACCAUAGUGUCAGGUUCUGACGAUAACACGCUUAAAGUGUGGAAUGCCACAUCGGGGAAGUGUAUGCGAACUUUAACUGGUCACACGGGUGGUGUUUGGUCAUCUCAGAUGUCAGAUAACCUCAUAGUUAGUGGGAGUACGGACCGCAUGCUUCGAGUUUGGAAUGCUGAGACGGGCGAUUGUAUUCAUACAUUAUAUGGGCACACUUCAACCGUUCGGUGUCUUCACUUGCAUGGAAGCAAAGUUGUCAGUGGUUCCAGAGAUGCCACACUUCGAGUAUGGGAUGUUGCUAGUGGGGCCUGUGAACAUGUUCUUGUUGGGCAUGUUGCGGCUGUGCGAUGCGUGCAAUACAACGGUCGUCUGGUAGUAUCUGGGGCAUACGAUUAUAUGGUAAAAGUAUGGAAUCCAGAUAGAGAAGAGUGCUUACAUACAUUACAGGGGCAUACAAAUAGAGUUUAUUCUUUACAGUUUGAUGGUUUGCAUGUAGUUAGUGGAUCUCUCGACACCAGCAUCAGAGUUUGGGAUGUGGAGACUGGUCAGUGUCGUCAUACUCUAAUGGGCCACCAGUCUCUCACAUCUGGCAUGGAACUCAAGAACAACAUAUUAAUAUCUGGCAAUGCUGACUCCACUGUUAAAGUAUGGGACAUCGUGUCAGGCCAGUGUCUACAAACGCUUUCAGGUCCUAAUAAACAUCGAUCAGCCGUGACGUGUUUGCAGUUCAAUAAUAAAUUUGUUGUUACAUCAUCUGACGAUGGCACAGUGAAAUUGUGGGAUGUGCGAACGGGAGAAUUUAUAAGAAACUUGGUGGCUCUUGAAUCCGGGGGUUCAGGUGGGGUAGUGUGGCGUAUUCGAGCGUCAGAUACCAAACUUGUGUGUGCAGUUGGAAGUCGAAAUGGAACUGAAGAGACAAAACUUCUUGUGUUAGACUUUGAUGUGGCGGAAAACCUCAAGUGAUACAUGGGUAAAUUAGUGCUUGAUGACUGUGUCCUGUCCAUGUAUACUUAUAAAGUUCAAAUUGACAUUAUGUUGACUGUGCUGCCAUGUAACGUCAAUCUUAACCUCAGUCUUAGUUUCUAUGGUUUGUGAGUUGGACAGUAUUUUUGAUGACUAACACUUCCCUUGGUGCUAAUUCUAUACAGCUGUGGUCCUUUAGAGAAGCGCUAGGACCAUGCUACACAUACAAUAUUAUCUGCCAACUUUUAUAGUCACCACCAUGACCAUAUAAUAAAUCGUGGCUCUUCUUUGCGUCUUUCCUCACUGUUAAUUUUUUCUUUCAUUCCUGUGUUUACUGAUGAAGAAAAACAUCACAAAUGAGUAGUAUCUUUUUUGGUUGUGGCUGUGGUAAUAUUUUUAACAGGAUGUUUAUUUUUAAGGACACGUUUUGCAAGUAACUUGUUCAGAAUGCUUAUUGGUUGAAAAGUACUGUGGUAUUUGUUGUACUUGAUAUUUGGAGUUCUUAAUCUGUGGUAAAAUUGUUAGUUGAGGAUCUCAAAACUGGUUUCAUAAUUAAUUGAAAAUGGUAAAAAAUUUCUACAGCGUUGGUAAUGAAUAAUUCCAUGAAUUUGUGCAUUAUAUCACUCCUUACUUUCAUUUUUUCUUAUGUAGCUUAAGUAUGAGGAACGUGUUUUUAUACAUUUAGAAAAUUUUAUUUUCUUUUGUUAUAUAUAUAUGGAAUUAAGAUCUGAUUUAUAUCCUGUUAGACUGCUGUGCUGUACACUGGUCUUUCAUUUGUGUAUCUUGGGAGUUCAUUUUUACAUUUAGUUCAGUAAUUAAAUAGGACAUCACUGGAUAUUAUGAAAAUAGAGAAUGAAGAUACAAAAGUUAAGUGUUCUAGGAUUUGUAUUAUAUUCUCAAGUGCAAAUGUUUUUUUUUCCUUUAUUAGUCUCCUUUGGGUAAUGUCUGACUCUUGGUUCAUGUAAGGCCCUCCACCAUGAUGUUACCUAAUUACUUUUUCCCAAUUGGCUUUUGCUCAAAUGUUAAUUUCCAGAAAGUUUCAUAACCGAGUUAUCUUUUGUGGCUGAGUGGUGUUCAGUGUGGGUCCACUCUUUAUACCUAGACAUUCCAGAACUCGAUUGUUUUUCAUUUGUAAUAGGUUAGAUCUGAUUCCUUUUUCUUUAGAGAUAUCAGAAGUUUUGAUGAAUCCAAGAAUAAAAGAUUUUUUUCUAGUAUGAAAGGCAGUUCUCUCUCGUGUCAGCAAAAUUGUUCCGCCAUGUUGUUUAGUUUACAGUUGUGAGGCAUUCACUUGGUAUGUAAAUAAGGAAACAUAAAGAGAAAGCCCAACACUAAAUGAAGUUAAACUUAAUCAAGUUCAGAUCCUAAAAUUAGAUUUAUAUUCAGAUGAUGUGGUAUAUAUUUUUUUCUUUUUGUGUUAGACAAAUUUUUGAAGCCCAUGCUUUUUUUGUGUCUGGAAGAAAGUUUUAAGAAGGUAAAAAUAAUAAUUGUCUCAUUACUACCAGAAGCCUUUGUGCAUCACAGGCACCUGACUGUGUUUAUGCUGAUGCUGCCACUGACUUCAAGCUUGCAGUUAUUCAGUUAUGUUGGUGUGCUUCCUUUCUAAAUUAGGGAUUUCUUAAUACAGUAUGUAGUGCACCUUGUAGCUCUCUGGGCUUCAUUAAUAAUAAUGAUUUCACUUGCUGUUCAAAUGUUCGUCCUGCACUCAAGCUUUUUCUUUUUCACAAAAACUUAAUGAAAGGCAUUUUUUCUGCAUAUAGAAAGGGAAUAGAUCCUUUUUUCAAUGUCAAAGACUCAGAAUUUGAUUAGAUUUUUCUUUUAUGUCCUGUUCAACAUAAUUGAAAAAUUUGUGUAAAUCAAAUAUCAAUACAAUUUAUAUGUUAAAGGUUCUUCAAGUAAUGAAAACAUUGUUUAAAUGUCUUGAGCCCCAAGAAUUACCUUAUUUUCUCAUAGUAUGAUAUCAGUUCUCUAUAAACAUGAAGAGGUUCGGCAAAUUCCAGAAAUUUCAUAACCUGCAGUAGAGGGCUUUUCAGUUUCUAGGUCCUUGUAAAUGGCUUUUAUUUGUCUGUCUUUGUCUGUUGCUAUAUUUCUAAAACAUUUAAUGAGAGAGUUUUUAUUUUUUUAGAAUUUUUUGUAUAUCUGUGACACUUGUCAACAGUUUAAUGUAUGAUCAGUAACUAUUAAAUACAAUGUAAAGGGGAAGCUCUUAAAUCAUGAGGUAUUUAUGUUUAUGCAUAAGGAGAAAAUUAAAUUGUAUCCUUGUAGUUCCAUUUUCAUGUUCAUGGUAAAUUCCAGUAAUAGAAAAUGAUGACUAGGCAAGUCUUACAGAAUUAAAAGGCCUCAGAGAAAAUAUCCAGAGCAUGCCAAAAGAAGUAAAAGAGCAAAAUGUGUGAAUUAAUGGUGUGGAGUUGCAUCAUACAUUACUCCCCAUCUUGUGUUGUAAAGUUUGUCAAAACUAAAAAAUAGAUUUCAUAUAUAUCGAAGUCAGCAUCAGUUGUAUGAAACUGGGUAAUUGGUAAGACAUUUUAAGAGCGGGGAUCCUUGAAUUUUACAUCAUAGUUAUUUUUAACAUCCAAAUUUUGCUCUAUUUAAACACUAUAUAUUGGAAACUGUAUGUUGUUGGAAGUGUUUUUAUCCAUUGCUUUUGAUGAACUGUCAGUGUGGCAGUUGUUGCCAUUAUGAUGAAAUUGUGAUAAUAGCUACAUCCAUUAGGUGGACAGCAAAUGUGAAAGUGACAGAUAUUAGUGAAGUAUACCAUAUAGAUUGUAUGUAAGCAAAAAUUUUUUCUAUGUUAUGCGUGAACAAAUGUCUUGUCUAUUGUGUUCAAUAAUAAUAGAAUACUUUGCUGAGUAAGACAAAUCUCAGACAUGUAAGCAGUGAAGUUUUUGAGAUGAAGAAGGAAAGGGAGGUUAUUCAUUCAGUGGUAUUUUUACCACAAGAUUAGAAUUCCAAAGUCAAGUAUGACAAUAUUGAAAAGUGUUUAGUUGCAACACAGUCCAGUGAUCUAUUUCAUUUACAGGAGUUUAGAAUUUUGAUGUCUUGCGUUUUUUCUCAUAAUUCAAGUUUGGAUAUUUUAUAUGCAUUUUUUCUGCAAUGCAGAUGCCAUUUAUAAUAUGUUUUGUGUUUGUGUGGUCUGGUAAAACUGGUUACUCCAUAACAUGUUUUUAAGUUUUACUAGUGAAGGUACGAAGUUGAGGAAAAAGAAAAAAAAAAGCUUUAUAUCAUAUUCUCCAUUGUUGCUGUGGCUAUCCGUAGCAAUUUAUUCCAGAGUUUUUGUAUCUGUGAUGACUAAUUAUAUAUCCAUUAGUCCUAAUGUUAAACUGAAGGGCAUAUUUCUUAUUCUCCAGUAUGUAAGGGGGACUAGGGGGGGAUGGGAUGGGCGAAUAUCUCUCGUUGUGAGACGUAGCUAGGUCUAGUCUGCCAUUCGUAAGUUGAGGUCCUCAUUGUUGAUAUUUAUUCUCAUGAUAUUCACGGUCAAAUUUGUAAUUUUCCACUGAUGUAGUUUGGACCUUUUCCUCAGCAGGUGUAUAGUAAUUCUUUGGUAGGGUAACAUAUUUUAUAGUACUUAAUGGCUUAGUGCCUGGUUUGCAGGUCAUCCUGUGAAACUUGUUUUGGUGGAUGGUGCAGUGAGCAAAGUGAAGUUCUGAUUAGUUCCGAUUCGUCAUACAUUAGUUUAAGCAAAUUAGUUUAAUUCUGUUUAUUUCAAUUAAAAUCUUAUGGGUUAGUCAUAAAGAAAGUUUGUGUUUACAGUAUCUAUGGAAAUAAGCAAGGCUAUUUUGGUGAUGCAAACAAGUAAUGAAAUGAUCUGUGCAGAUAUUUACAACACAUAUCCAAUUUAGUCACAUUUUAUAUCAGAAUCAUUGCAGAAUUGGAAUUUCUUACUAGCUUAGAUCAUUUUAGCAUUAACCCACCAAAUUUGAGAAGGUUGAUACCAGUAGAUAAGUCCAGUAAUAUUUGAAAAAUAUUUUUCUUAAGGAUUCAUGCCACAACACUUCCAAAAAGUUUUUAGAAUUCUGAUUUCCAUUGUAUUUUAUUUAUCUUUCAUGUGAAUAUCAAGACAAUACUGAAUUAAAAAUUUAAUUUUUAACCAAGUAGUAUAUUCAACUUUGAAUUCACUUAUCAGUUCACAUCAUUGAUUUUUUAGAUGAAUUAUUUGCAUUUUAUAUAAUUUCAAAUAAAACUAUUGCCAUGCUGGAUACAGCCUUUUCCUAUGAAAGUACAGUAGUAGCAGUAAUGUGAAUGUAAUCUUCUAAAGCUGUUAUAGUUAUUGUAUUUUCUGAAAAUCAUGAGUCAGUGCAAUUUAAGCUAUGGAAUACGUAAUCACUAUACCCUUUUUUUUUUAAUCAGAUGUAUCAGAGAUGCUGAGGAAUUGGUUGAAAUUGCAGUGAUGGUAUUAUACUGUACAGUAUAUAGAUCUAUACAUAUGAUUUUUUUAAGGUUAUGUUUCAUUUUCAUUACUGACAAAAAUUAGUGAGAUGGUUAAGAGGUGUUGGAUUAGUGCAACUCACAGUUACUUUUUUUAUAUAUAUUUUACUGCUCAGUCACAGGUGAAUUUGAUAUGCGACGAACAGGAGGUGCAUUUUCCCAAUUCUAUUUUUAGUGUUGAGCAAAUUUAUUUAGUAGUAGUGAAGGAUCAUUUGGCCUGCAGGAGGAGGAACUAUUUCAGCACUCAGGGACACCAUUUUCAUUUCAUCUCGGUUAAUUAGGUAAGACAAAGAACAUGGGUGGUCAAAAUAGCUAUUAACCUAGGUCUUGGGAUUCCUUUUCUGGACUAGUCAGUGUCAAAGCAUCAACCUACAAGAGGAAAGGAGGAUUGUAUUAGUUGAUGUUACAGUUUACAGUGAAAGCUCGUACAUAUUGGCAAUAAACUCUGCGUAGGUUGAUUUUUGCUCAUCUUACUUCAGACAGUGUAUCUUUAUAUUCCCCUCAGUAACUGUUGUCAAUUACAUAGCCGUCCAUUGCUUACAGUAUCCAGCUUUAUUUGCUUUCUGUAAAAGACCAGUAAAAUCCAUGAAAAGGACUAGCCUAGGGAGUAGAUAUGUAUGAGCAGAUACACGAGCAUUAAGUGAAUAAGAAUCACAAUAUGGAAUUGGAAAUGCUUUUCAGAGAAUUAAGUGUUGUCUAAUAGAAUAUAGUCCAGUGUACUGUAAAGCUUUUCCAAUUUUUUAUUUUUUGUUUGUCAUGAAGAAGUUCAUUUAGGUGUGGUGGUUCAUUAUAGAAUCAUGUCCAGGUCACAAUUCACUGUGGGAUCACUAGUUGAAAACCUCAUGACAUCUCUGGUUUGGGCAUUUUGAAGGAUUGAUUUGGAAUUGUUACAAUAACUUUCUUGCAUUGGAAUGUAACCUAGAUUGCUCAAACAGUUUUUCUUUGAACAUGACAUAAUAUUUAUGUAUGCAUGUAUGUACAUUGUUACAUGACUUGAGAAAGGAACAGAAGCAGCCAAUAUUGUAAAUGAGAAAACAUCAGAAAACCAAAAAAAUGGUGCUGAAAUGCCAGCUGAUGUAUUUUUUCUUUGUUCCAACUCUCUCUUGUCAUAUGAAUAUUGUAUAUAUGUGUAUGUAUUAAGGCAAGUAACCCUGUAAUUCCUGUAGAUUUUAUAUCAAAUAAUUGCAUCAGGUGCGAUUUCAAGCCAUGACCUUUGCUCACAUAAACCAGUUAUAAUCCACAGAACUUCCAAGAGUUCAGAAGUAGGAAAGGAUUUUAAACGAUCAUAUUGCCCAUGUAUAGUAUAGGUCAUGGUUUCAGAUCCCAUGUGGGGCAGAAAACAAAAUUGGAUUUACAUUUACAGUGUGAGGGUUGGAUGCUUUUUAACUGUGUAUGUAUACUUUUUAUAACAUGUAAUUGUAUUGCUCGAAGUCACAGAGUGGAGUACAUUCAGCAGUAUUAUCUAAUAAGUUUUUUUUAUUUAUGCUUAGAUUUGUUAUUUUUCUAGAGAUGUUAUUGACAGCAGCCAUUAGAAAGAAUGACAUUGUGAUAGAGACAAUCCCAUGACCUUCUCUUUGACAGUCAGAGAUUCAAUUAGAUUUCAUAACCUUGAGCUUCAGAGCCAACAAUUUUAGGGGGGGUUUGGCUGGUCGAAGUAAAUAUAUAUGAUGAUGAUAAUUUAAAACUUAUUUCAUCCUACAGUAGAUUGAAACGUAGAUUGCAUAUCUCAACCAGUUUCAGUCUGAACAUGUAAAUGAGAUGUUAAGGACUGAAAGAAAAGAAAAAAGUUUUAGAUAAAGAUAGGGAUUGAAAAAUGAAAAAUAUUUUAGUGUAUGUUUACUGUAUCCUUUACUGUGAUUUGUAGAAGUGUAUUUUUAUGUACACAAUGAUGUGUAGCCUUUUGUGAAAUAAAUUUGCAUUUUUUAAAAACAAUUGCUUUUGGUUUGGUUGCAAGAUACACAAAUACUUUAUUGUCCACAAAUAUACUAAAUACUUUUAUUUUCCACAAAAUACUAAAUACUUUUAUUGUCCAUAAGUACUGUACACUGACGUUCAUACAUAGACAAGUAAAAUAAGCCCUAGAUAUUGCAUGUUUAUUCCGAGUUCUAGUCAUGUGAAGGGGAUUGUCCAAUACAGUGAGAUAUUGGGUUUGUUAGUAUCUGUUAGGGAUGAAAUUUUAGGUAUUCAUAUAGUAUAUAACUAGGUUCAUUAAUGAUGAAUACGAGUAUGUUCAAAUAACAUAUUGGCUCACCAGAUGAAAUCUGUGCUUCCCUCCUCCCCCCAGAAAGGAAAGGGGCAGGGUUUUAAAGUAUCCUAGUUAAUCUGGAAUGAUGAUGAUCAGGUAGAAGUAUUUUGUUUGUAGAUUAUGCCAUGCAGCAACUCAAUUUUGCCUUUGGGCACAUCUUUUGUGUUAGAUAACUGUUUGUAUAAUGAGCCUGUGUCACUCCUUUACUGAAAAGUUUGUAAAAAAUGAAUGAAUCAUGUCAUGACAAAAACAUCUCUGGUUUUUAGUUGUUGUAAUAUGACUAUCUUCUUGAGUACCUUGGUUUGAUGUUUGGGAAACAUUCAAGGUUUGUGUUCUUGUUUAAGAAAUUGUUUUCAAGCAUUUUACACUUACUGACUACAUCUGGCUUAUUUUCAUUUAUGUGUUGCUGUACUUUUAAUGGUUUAGGCAUAGAUUUUAUCUACUCAGGGUUUGUAUGUGUAUGUGGCUGCUGUCAGGUUUAAUUUUUUUUUUUUUUUUUGGAGGGGGGGGGGGUUGCAGCCGUGAGGGAGGGUUAAAGAGCAAAUUUUAUUAUGGUAGAGAAGUUACUUCUCUAUUCAUGACUUUGUUGCCAAAAAAUAUCCCUAUACAUUGCUCUUGGUGACAAAUGAAACACAUGAAGGAUAUAUUUAAGAUUUUCUUGUGAAAUGUGAAAAUUAGGAAUAACAUUGGAUGUCUCUGAAUGUACUUCUGCAUAUAACAACUGUACUACUCUUUGUACUAUUCUAAGCAUAAAGACACAUUGAGAACUUUUCUACUGUAGAUUUAGGUUCAUUUGUUCUAUGACACGUCAUGAGGACGGCAAAUAUUCUACCACAAAUGUUGGGCCUCGCUUUCUUGACAUUUCACUGUUUCAUAUAUUAUUGAUCACCUGUACAAUUUAAAACACAGGAAGAUUGCUGUCGGGUUUUCUGAGGCUUAGAAAAAUUAUGCGAUAAGUAGAUGCGCUUAGUCAGAGAAGAGUUGGCCACAUUGAAUUAUUGGUUAGUUUGGCAUUCAUGUUUUUUUCCACCUCCAUGUUUGUUACAUAGCUUAUCCCGAGUUAGGUUUGUGGUUCGAUAUUGAAAUUGAAAACAGCUGUGUUGUUACUAUAAGACAUGGCUCCUCUUCUCUGCUUGUCAGUGAUCCCCCCUCUUCUUCAUCCUGUCAUCCUUUUGAGAUUAGGGUUUGUGUAAUGAUUCUUGAAAAAGAAAAUGAAAACAAGUCUGCAGAAUGUUGUUGGGUUUAGGGGAUAUUUUUAAAGAAAUCCUGUAUAGCAAGUUGUCAUCUCAGUAGUAUACAUUUACAGUAGGACGAAUUGUUUAUUUUGUAACUAUUUUUUCAUAUAAGAUUAGCUGCUUUUUUUCAAAUUAUUUUAGCCUCGGCCUGAGUUCUUCAUUGGGUAUGUGAAUGGAUUUGGGCCUGAGUGAGUGUGUGAGAACAGGGAGAAUAUGAGAUGUAUGUGUGGAAACAUUUAUGUGGGUUGCAGUGCAAAGGCAAAUACCUAACUGAAGUUCCUGGGAAUACAUUAGCUAAAGCAUAUUUAUGUAAAUUUAUUUUUCCAUCAUUGAGUAAAAUUAUUUUUUACAUUGUUAAUAGAUUACAAAGUAUAAAGAUCAUCAUAAUGUAUAUUGUGGAAUGAACAUUAAAGUGUCAAUUCAGUUUUCCCCCCAAGAUAAAAAGGAAAGAAGUACUGAAAACUUGAUGAAGUAAAUGUUGCCAUAGGGAUGGUUUCAAAUCAAAAGCAAAAGUUAAUAGUUUCCAUUUCAACUUAUGAAUAAUUUUUGGUCAUUGUGUCUGUGGAAAUUGUAUUAUCAUGGCAUACCUUAUAUCUUCUUUGUACAGUAGCCAGUUUUUUUAUAAAAAUGUAAACUUAAAAAAAAAAUGUUUUCAAUAGGUGAAGCCUCUUGUAGCCUGUCAUUGAGUGAGGAUGGAUGUAGUUGGUUAUCGUAUGGAUGUCUUUUGCAUGGAAGUUAGAGCAGCAACCAUGCUACAUUGUGGAAAAUGUUUCCAACAUGAAAUGUGAUUAAUAAACUUUUUAAUACAA